AGAGAGAAGGAGGGAGAGGGGGAGGGGUGGUGGUGAGGUGAUCGAUGCUGUUGCGUAGGCGACGGCGUGGCCGGUGACGCCCGCCGCCGUCGCGGUCGCCUGUGGUGAGGGGGAGGUUGGGGAGGGGGAAGGGCUCUCUGGAAGCUUCGGGACUCUGCUCGGUUCGCGGUUGAUUCGGCUGGGCGCAGGCCGCCGUGUUGGAUUGGAUUGCUUCGCUUGCUCGAGGGCGGCGGCGGCUGGGCAUUCGUUCGUGGUGGUGCUGCGCUCGGUGUCUUCGCAGAGGUUAAAGAAAGUGUUUGGCCUCAGUAGAACUGCGAGUUUUAAUCUGAUUCUAGAGUUGAAGAUAAAGCGAGGAGCAAGGUUAAACUCUGCUGACUUGUUUUUUGUGUGCAACAGACCAAUUGAAGCUGAGGAUUUUCUAGACUGACGGCAAUUGGAUCAAUUCAAGUAGAGGUCUAGAAGGAGGUAUGAGGUACUACUUGCGUCACGUCCAGCGUUUGGUUGGAGUUAUGGAAGGAGGUGUGCUUUUGUUUGUGGAAGACCUCAACUCCAACUGACAAAUCGACGAAUUACCGGCACUACCAUUAUAUUUCUUUUUUUUUCUUGAAUUGGGGAUGGAGAUUAAUUCCUCUGGAGAGGAAGCAGUGGUAAAGGUGAGGAAGCCAUACACAAUCACAAAGCAGAGGGAGCGUUGGACUGAGGCAGAGCACAAAAGGUUCCUUGAAGCCUUAAAACUGUAUGGGAGAGCUUGGCAGCGCAUAGAAGAGCAUGUUGGGACAAAGACAGCUGUGCAGAUAAGAAGUCAUGCUCAAAAGUUCUUCACUAAGCUGGAAAAGGAAGCUAUCAACAAUGGCACUUCUCCAGGACAAGCUCAUGACAUCGACAUACCUCCACCAAGACCUAAAAGAAAACCUAACAGCCCAUAUCCUCGGAAAAGUAGUCUUAGCUGUGAGACAUCCAUCAGGGAAGUUCCGAAUGAUAAGGCAACAAAAUCAAAUUUAAGGAGCAAUAGCACUUCACAAAUGGCAGGUGAUGCAGCUCUUGAGAAACUUCAAAGAAAGGAGAUAUCUGAAAAAGGAAGUUGCUCCGAAGUUAUUAAUCUCUUUGAGAUCCCAUCUGCAUCAUUUUCUUCAGUUAACAAGGGCUCUUCAAAUCAUGAUGCAUCCAGGGGGAUGGAACCGACUAAAACAGAAAUCAAGGAUGUGGUCAUCCUGGAAAGGGACUCUAUACACAAUGGUGUGGUAAAGAAUGCAAAAGAUAUUAAUGACCAGGAAAUGGAAAGGCUUAAUGAAAUGCACAUCAGCUCCAAGUCUGAUCAUUCUCAUGAAAAUUGCUUGGAUGCCUCAAAGCAACAAUCGAAGCCAAAGCCAAAUUCAGUGGAGGCAACGUAUGCUGACUGGUCUGCUAGAAGAGAUUCACACUACCAAAUGGAUAGAAAUGGGGUGACUGGCAUCCCAGCCACCGGAACUGAAGGAAGCCAUCCUGAUCAAACAAGUGAUCAAAUGGGAGGGGCCAGUGGAACCAUGAACCAAUGCAUCCAUCCAACACUUCCUGUGGAUCCGAAAUUUGACAGAAGUGACACAGCACAGCCCUUCCCUCACAACUAUACAGCCUUUGCACCAAUAAUGCAAUGCCACUGCGACCAAGAUGCCUACAGAUCUUUUGUCAAUAUGUCAUCCACCUUCUCCAGCAUGCUUGUUUCCACAUUGUUGUCAAACCCUGCAAUUCAUGCAGCUGCAAGGCUUGCAGCAUCAUACUGGCCUGCAAUUGACAGCAACAGUCCUGAUCCAAACCAAGAAAAUAUUUCUGAGAGUGCUCAAGGAAGCCACGCUGGGUCUCCUCCCAACAUGGCAUCUAUUGUUGCAGCUACAAUCGCUGCAGCAUCAGCAUGGUGGGCAACACAAGGUCUUCUCCCUCUUUUUCCUCCACCUAUAGCGUUUCCAUUUGUUCCAGCUCCUAGCGCUCCCUUUCCCACAGCAGAUGUUCAGCGGGCUCCAGAAAAAGAUAUAGACUGCCCGAUUGAUAAUGCACAGAAGGAAUUGCAAGAAACUCGGAAGCAAGAUAAGUCUGAAGCUAUGAAGGUCAUAGUGUCCUCAGAGUCUGAUGAGAGUGGUCAAGGAGAAGUGUUGCUCCACACUGAGUUAAAGAUAUCUCCAGCAGAUAAAGAUGAUACCAAAACUGCCACAGGAGCUAACACAAGUGAAGUUUUUGGAAACAAGAAAAAGCAGGAUCGCUCUUCAUGCGGUUCCAACACGCCGUCAAGUAGUGAUAUAGAAGCAGAUAAUGCUCCUGAGAAGCAAGAAAAGGCUAACGACAAGGCAAAGCAAGCAUCUUGCAGUAACUCUUCCGCCGGUGACACUAACCACCGCAGAUUUAGGAGCAGUGGAAGCACAAGUGAUUCAUGGAAGGAAGUUUCUGAAGAGGGUCGUCUGGCUUUCGAUGCACUGUUCAGUAGAGAAAGGCUUCCCCAAAGCUUUUCUCCUCCACAAGCAGAAGGGUCAAAGGAGGUCACCAAGGAGGACGAAGAUGAAGUAACCACGGUGACAGUUGACCUCAACAAGAAUGUGACGAUUAUUGAUCAUGAACUCGACACAACGGAUGAGCCAAGAGCUUCCUUUCCUAAUGAAUUGUCAAAUCUGAAGCUAAAAUCUCGCAGGACUGGUUUCAAACCAUACAAGAGGUGCUCAGUGGAAGCAAAGGAGAACAGGGUACCGGCUAGCGAUGAGGUUGGUACCAAGAGGAUUCGUCUUGAAAGUGAAACAUCCACAUGAUUUGCUUUCCACAUUGUUGCUGGCCUCUACCAAGAAGUUAUCAAAAGUUUACAUCUGAGUUACCGUAGAAUUUCAGCACCUCACAAAACUCAAUUUAUUGUGUGUUGUAUCUUAAUGCUUGCCAAGCAGCUCCUUUAGACUGCUUUUUAAACCAUAUCUCAUAGACUUUUAAUUAGCAUUAAGAGACUGCUAAACUUUCUGCAUUAAAGGGUUUUAUGUUUAUUAUGCUUUAUAAUCUGGGGAACGAUAAUAAUUGGAGUUUUGGUUCA